UACAGAUUAAGAAAAACACACCUCGCCUGUAUAUAUAUUUAAAUGCCGCUAUCAGCCGCGAUUUAGACUUGAUUUACUGCUUGGUGUCCAGUGGUCGAUCCACAUCGCUGAUAAGUGAUAAGGCACCGCUCAAAGUGUCAAAAAUUGUUGUCCGUUGUCAAUUGUUGUCACAUCUGUAGUGUUCGAUCGGAUUUCAGUACACGAACGUGAAUUUUCUGUGAGAAUAUUAAGAAAAUAUUUUUUUGGAGUGAAAGAAAAUAGAGAAAAAAUGACCAUAAAGGAUAAAAGAAUAACAGGCGGCUUGGGACCUGACAAUAGAAAUGACAGUUUUAACAGUUUUUCUGCGGCUAUCAACUCCAGGGAGUUGCUUACUCCAAAGGAUAAUGCCCAUACCUACAUUCUAGAAUUGAAUGAAUUGAAAAAGAAAGAAGCUGGAGAAUACAAUCCACAUGAAUAUGCUGACAUCGAACAUCCCACCACAUUCUUCGAAACCCUUAUCCAUCUGCUGAAAAGCAGUUUUGGUACGGGUAUCCUUGCAAUGCCACUGGCCUUCUCACACUCUGGAUGGGUGUUGGGAAUCAUUGGCACGGCGUUCAUAGGUCUACUCUGCACGUACUGCAUGCACAUGCUGGUCAAAACAGAGUACGACCUGUGCAAGAAAAAACAAGUACCCAGCAUGACGUACCCCGCUACUGCGGAAGCUGCCUUAAUGGAAGGACCUAGGUUUAUGGCUAAAGUAGCACCGUAUUCGGGGACAAUAAGUAAUACGUUCCUACUGUUAUAUCAGCUUGGAACAUGCUGCGUCUACACCGUCUUCGUAGCGGAGAACAUUCAAAACGUCUGUAAUCAGUACUUCGAACAUCCAGUCGACGAAAGAAUUAUUAUGCUGAUCAUCCUCCUUCCUCUGAUUUUCAUCAACUACAUCAGAAACUUGAAGUUCCUAGCGCCAUUGACCACCAUGGCCAAUCUGCUGACAUUCGUCUCGUUUGCCAUCAUAUUCUACUACAUUUUCAAGACAGAGAUCACCUUUGAGAAUAGAUUAACUUUUGGCAAUUAUCGAGACUAUCCUUUGUACUUCGGUACGGUGCUGUUUGCCCUUGAAGCUAUUGGAGUGAUUAUGCCUCUGAAAAAUGAAAUGAAAAAUCCUCAACAUUUUGGCAGCGCAUGCGGUGUCCUGAAUAUUGGUAUGUUUUCGGUGGUCGCCCUGUAUAUUCUAACCGGAUUUUUCGGUUAUCUGGCUUAUGGAGCUGAAGUAGGAGGCUCUAUCUCCUAUACCAUCGAACCAUCAGACAUUGCUGCACAAGUCUGCAAACUGAUGUUGGCUUUUGCUAUUUUCACCACUCACGCAUUAUCGAUGUACGUGGCCAUUGAUAUCGUCUGGACGCAAAAUCUCGUCAAGAAAUUCGAAAAAAACAAUCAUCCAUUGUUCUGGGAGUACUUCAUAAGGACCUGUCUUGUUAUUUUAACAUUUUGCUUGGCAGUGGCAGUACCAUAUAUCGAUCUAUUCAUCUCACUCGUGGGAGCUUUCUGCAUAUCGUCACUAGGUGUCGCCUUUCCCGCCAUAAUGGACUCCUGCAACAAAUGGCAAGAGAGGCGGUCAGCCAAAAGUGUCCUGAACCACGUCAAGAACGUGGCCAUAGUGAUUUUCGCCUUUUUAGGCCUCAUUGUUGGUACAGUGACCAGCGUACAAAAGAUCGUAGAGAAAUUUGGACCAGAAUCCACGUGAUUUCCAGAAGUGUGAUACUAAUUAAUUGUUAGAGACAAUUAUUUAUUACAUAUUAUUUUGUAAAUAGCACGUAGAAUAGGGAAAAUAUGUGAGGAUAAAAGUGUGAGAAUAUUUUUAGCGUAUUUUUAAUAAUUAUAAUUAUUUUAUGAUACUAAGCAUGUACAUAUAAAAGACAUUGUGAUAUUAUUAGAUAUAGGUAUUCAUCAGUGUCUGUACAUAUUGUUAGAUUAUAUAAUUAUAGAGUGAUAUAUACAGUAGGUUUACAAAAAAUAGUAUUUUAUAAAUGUAAAACCGGUGAGUAUUCUUGUGAUGUAUUAACUGAACAAAUUGUUAAAUUACCUGAUUUGUUAUAUAGUUACUAUGUAGAAUAAAUAGAUCAUUUUGUAAGCAUUGAUAAAAAUAAAUAAACUUUGUACUAAGUACAAACUUAAAAACGUU